GCCGGCCGGGCUGAACGGGGCCGGGCUCUGCUGCUCUGCUCCUCCCUCUCUCCAUUUAUUUAUUCCUGCGCGGAGCUCCGGGGCUCAAUCACCUCGGAGCGAGCGGGCAGCGCCUUCCCAGCCGCCAUGGCCCGGCUCCUGGGCACCCGCUGCCUGCUGCUGCUGCUGCUCCUCGGCGUCCUGGCCCAGCUGGCCACCUCCAAGAAGGGCAAAGGCAAACCCAGCGGGGGCGGCUGGGGCACGGGGAGCCACCGCCAGCCCAGCUACCCCCGCCAGCCCGGCUACCCCCAAAACCCCGGCUACCCCCACAACCCGGGCUACCCCCACAACCCCGGCUACCCCCACAACCCCGGCUACCCCCACAACCCCGGCUACCCGGGCUGGGGCCAGGGCUACAACCCGUCCAGCGGGGGUAGCUACCACCAGAAGCCGUGGAAGGCGCCCAAGCCCAAGACCAACUUCAAGCACGUGGCGGGGGCGGCGGCGGCGGGCGCCGUGGUGGGGGGCCUGGGGGGCUACGCCAUGGGCCGGGUGAUGUCGGGGAUGCACUAUCGCUUCGACAGCCCCGACGAGUACCGCUGGUGGAACGAGAACGCCGCCCGCUACCCCAACCAGGUCUACUACCGCGACUACCGCGGGCCGGUGCCGCAGGACGUCUUCGUGGCCGACUGCUUCAACAUCACCGUCACCGAGCACAACAUCGGCCCCGCCGCCCGCAGGAACGCCUCGGAGGCCGGCGCCGCCGCCAACCAGACGGAGGCCGAGCUGGAGACGCGCGUGGUGACCAAGGUGAUCCGCGAGAUGUGCAUCCAGCAGUACCAGGAGUACCGCCUGGCCUCGGGCAUCCGGCCUCGCCUGCUCGACGCCUCGCUGCCCGCCCUGCUGCUCCUCGUCCUCUUCGCCCUGCACUAGAGCUCCCCGCGGCUCCCCGUUGUCACCCGUCGUGACCCCGACGUCACCCGUCGUGACCCCGAUGUCACCCGUCGUGACCCCGAUGUCACCCGUCGUGACCCCGAUGUCGCUUGCGGUUGUUUUUACGGUGAGGAGCCCCCCGGCGCCUCCGCGGUUUAGGAGAACGGGAUGAAAAUUUCACUUUUCUGCCCCAAACGCGUCCCCAGGACGGCGCUGGAGACCGAAAGCGCGGCCUUCACCUCCUCCUCAUCCUCCUCCUCCUCCUCCUCCUCCUCCUCCUCCUCGGGGUCACCCCAAGAGGGGAGCUCUCCUUGGCACCCCAAGAGUUCUCUUGGUUAACAGGCGGGGUUUGGUCUCGCCCCAAUCCCGCUGCCCCCGCACCCCCUUCCCCUGGGGCACCUCGGGGGGGUUUCUGAGCAGCCACGGGGUUUCUUGCAAUUAAUUUCUUGUAAUUAUUGCAAUUAGAACCUUUGAAUUGUAAAAAAUAACCCUUCCCCGUGCAGGCCCUGCAGCACCGCACCAAAAUAAAUCCAUUUUUCACCCCUCACCACGGCGAGGCUCAAGCACCAGUCACGCUUUAAAAGCUUUUUAAAGCACUGCAAAAUGCCCCAAACACCCCCAAAAAGGUUUUUCACCCCAAAAAAAAGCUAUUUUGGACGCUCCAGGUGACAAGUCACGUUCAUACUUCAACACCUGGACCUAAAGGACGUUAAAAUGCAGCAAAAAAGGAUUCUCAGGGGGGGUCAAGCUCAUAGCAAGAGACUGGAAUCGGCCAAACCACGCUGGUCCAGCAAACAGCAUCGGGAAAAACCAGCCUGGGAAGGGAGAUGCUUUAAAAAAAAAAUCACAUUUGUGAAUAAUUCCUUUGCCCUGUGGAAGCAACGGGUGAAAUUCUUGCUUCUUGUGUCGAUGCUGGGCUGGGGAGUAGCUGUAACAUCCGUGGCGCUGCGCUUGAGCUCGAUUCAAUAUCUCGUGUACGUUUAUUUUUAUUUUAAUUUUUAUUGCGAGGCACUGAUUAACACUGUCCUAAACGAGAUUUUUUUUUCUCUCUCUCUUUUUUUUUUUUUUUUGCAUCGGUGUAAGCUAAGUGAAGAUUAAUUCUAUAUAUAUUAUAUAAAAAAAAUAUAUAUAUAUAUAAAUGGAGAUGAAAAGGAAUGAUUGCAGGAUAACCACGGGAAGAGCAGGGCUUUGUGACACGCGGAUGUUUUGUAAAAAUCCCGGGAUUUACCGCGCUGAGCCUUUUCUGGAAUGUUCCACCUCUGCUACAAAUUAAAAAGGAUCAAGCCAAGGCGCCCGGGAGCCUCCUUGGUGCAGCAAAACAGAAGCGGCUUUUUCCUCUUUUUCCGAAUUUUCCGCAUUUUCCGAAUUUUCCGCAUUUUCCGCCCUCCCUGUCCCCCCUUCCCGGCCUGAGGGAGCUUUAGUUCCCUUCCAGGACCGAAUCUGGCCCAAAUCCCAAAAUCCCCGGGAAUUUUUUCUCCUCCCUUGCUCCCCACGAUGGUUUUGCUGCAUUCCAAGAAGUGUUUUCUAAUUUCUGUCUAAUUUCGGUUUCUGUCUAAUAAAGGAAUUUUUACA